GUCGCAUGGUGUCAGGGGCGCGCCUAGUCACGGGAACAGUCCGAGGCGCGUUCACGAGGAGGUGCAAGAUCGCGCUUCAACUAUGGAGAGUAUCAAACAGAGUGCAGAGAUCCAGCGCAAUGGUUUACAUCGGGUCACAGCGACCAUUCAAUGAAUUGCUCCGGUAUUUUUCUUCAGCCGUAGAUUUUGCGAAGACUUAUAUCUUGCACAAAAGAAACUAGCAAACACAUCUGUAUGAGCGCAGAGCUGGAGCUCAAAUUAUGGUCCGGGAAACCAGACAUUUAUGGGUGGGAAAUUUACCUGAAAAUGUCCGAGAAGAGAAAAUCGUUGAGCACUUCAAACGAUAUGGACGUGUGGAAAGUGUCAAGGUCCUUCCAAAGCGAGGUUCUGAAGGAGGAGUGGCUGCAUUCGUGGAUUUUGUGGACAUUAAAAGUGCUCAAAAAGCUCACAAUGCUAUCAACAAGAUGGGGGACAGAGAUCUACGGACCGAUUACAAUGAACCAGGAACCAUCCCUAGUGCUGCACGGGCACUGGACGAUAGCCUGUCUUUAGGUUCUCGUGGCCGGGAUGUAUCAGGGUUCACAAGGGCGUCCGGUGGGUCAGUAUAUGGCCCAGCCACGUCACUCCACAGCAGAGAUGGACGCUAUGAACGCAGACUAGACGGAACUGCUGAAGGUCGAGAUCGGACAUUUGACCACAGUACCUAUGGACACCAUGAGCGCCCUGGCAGCAGUUUUGAGCGCCAGCGCCAUUAUGAAGCAGACUAUUAUCGCAGCUCUGGGAGUAGUUCUGGCUCCACUGGCUGCACUGGGUCAGUGGGGACAUCGGGGGUCGGUGGAGCUCUUGGGGGUGGUCCCACAGGUGCCACUGGAGCUGGAGCAGCUGGGUCUGCUGGGUGCACCACAGGAGCAGGUGCAGGAUCAACAUCCAGUGUUGUUGCCUUCUACCGCUCCCACAGCAGGAGUCCAUGUCGCUUUGAAACGGCAGAAUCUCGUUACGAAUCUCGAGCCAGGGAGGCCUUCACUUUAGCUAGUGUGGUUCACAGGGACCUUUACAGGGAGGAGAGGGCGCGUCGAGGGGACAGAUCUUAUCGACGCAGUCGCAGUCGCUCGCCGCACUCCGUUCACUCUCGGAACCCGUCUCCUCAGAGACUGGGCCCGGCCCCUCGUGCCCCCUGCUCCCGCAGUGGCUCCGGCUCUCACAGCCGCUCUUCCAGUUCAGACUCUGUGAGCAGCACCAGCAGCAGCACCAGUGCCAGUGAUUCUAGCAGUAGUUCCAGUGAUGAGUCUCCAGCUCGCUCUGUACAGUCUGCAGCUGUUCCUGCUCACUCAGCGCUUCUUUUAUCCUCUUCACUCGACAAGGAUGAACCACGCAAAAGCUUUGGCAUUAAGGUCCAAAAUCUUCCUGUACGCUCAACAGAUACAAGCCUAAAGGAUGGUUUGUUCCAUGAGUUCAAAAAGCAUGGCAAAGUCACGUCUGUCCAGAUUCACGGUGCUUCAGAGGAGCGGUACGGGCUGGUUUUCCGACAACAAGAGGACCAGGAAAAAGCACUGGCAGCUUCAAAAGGGAAGCUGUUUUUUGGGAUGCAAAUAGACGUAACUGCGUGGAAUGGCCCUGAAACUGAAAGUGAAAAUGAGUUUCGACCCUUGGAUGAGAGAAUAGAUGAAUUUCAUCCAAAGGCCACACGGACAUUAUUUAUUGGAAACCUUGAAAAGACCACAACCUACCACGAUCUGCUGAACAUUUUUCAACGCUUUGGAGAAAUAGUGGAUAUUGACAUAAAAAAGGUCAAUGGGGCUCCACAAUAUGCUUUCCUGCAGUACUGUGACAUUGCUAGUGUCUGUAAAGCUAUAAAGAAAAUGGAUGGCGAGUACCUCGGUAACAACAGACUCAAGCUGGGCUUUGGAAAGAGCAUGCCCACCACCUGUGUUUGGUUGGAUGGAUUAGCCUCAAACACGACUGAGCAGUUUCUCACACGCCAUUUCUGCCGUUACGGACAUGUUGUCAAAGUUGUUUUUGAUCGCAUGAAAGGAAUGGCUCUUAUCCUUUAUAACAAUAUCGAAUAUGCACAAGCUGCUGUCAAAGACACAAAGGGUUGGAAAAUAGGUGGUAGUAAAAUAAAGGUCGAUUUUGCUAAUCAGGAAAGCCAGAUGGCUUUCUAUCGCUCCAUGCAGGCUUCUGGACAGGAUAUUCGAGAUUUUUAUGAUAUAGUUUCUGAAAGGAGGGACGACCGAAGAACUCAGUACGAAUAUCAAACUGAAAGAACAUAUUAUGAAAAUGUACGCACCUCAAGAACGUACACAGAUGAUCCAAGCCGAAAAUACACCACAAGAAGUCGUGAAUUCUACACUGAGUGGGAUCCAUAUCAGGGAGAUUACUAUGAGACACAAUACUUUGAAGACCCUCGAGAGUACAGAGAAUACAGAGCUGAUCCAUAUGAACAAGACAUACGCAAAUACAGCUAUCUGCAACGGGAGCGCGAACGAGAAAGAGAGAGAUUUGAAACUGACCGUGGACGUGAUCAUAAUCGAAGGACAAUCGAGCGAAGCCAAAGUCCAUCGCACCUCACAUCUCGGCGUCCUGCCAGUCCUGCUGCAUCUCCACCCCUUUUAGAGAGAGUCCCAGGUGAUCCAGAUCGACGUGUCUGCUGUCGCUCUUCAGACAGAAGUGGGAGCUGCAGUUCCAUCUCUCCACCAAGAUUUGACAAACCUGAAAAAUCACGCCUCGAAAGGUACAACAAAAGUGAAAAAGUCGAGAAAGAAAGAGUGUUUGAAACAGAUCGAGGUAUUUUGGUUGAAAAAGAGAAACGUGUGCAUAAAGAAAGAGGUGACAAAGAAAAGCGACUUAAGAAAACUAAAAGUGGACCACCAGGACUUCAGGCUUGUGAGACAGAAACAGAUCUGGAUAGGGAUACAAGCCCUGAUACCGCCCUUCGAAACGACUACAACAAAAGUUCCAAAGAAAGUACAAGUAAAGGGAGACUUGACCUUCUGCCCUGUGUGGUACAGUUAACACGUGUAAAAGAAAAGGAGGGGAAAUUGUUUAGUCAUGCGCUUGAAAAAUGCAAAGGUGGGAGUGACAGUAGUCCACAACUAGCAUCUCCAUUAAGUGAGCAAAGAAGCCCUCUAUUCCAUUCAGAUUUAUCCAAAGGCAAUGUCUCCAAACAUGGGAAAAACAGAGAUGGGCCUAUUCAAACUGUCGAUAGAGAUUUGAAGAAUAAACCCAAAAAACAUGGAAAGCCAGAAAUGGGUUUUGAUAUUGCAACUGCUCUAGAUGUCGACCGCUUAGCAGCAAGAAAAAGGCGCUUUGAGGACACUGGCCCAGUUGAUAAACAGAAAAAGACUAGAGAGGAUAAUCCCAGUUAUUCUAGACCCCAAAAAGUCUUCACAAAAGAAACUGAAGCUGACACUAUGAAACUACAUAAAAAGGAAAGCACCAAGGAAAGGUGUGUUCAAGAAGUUACUAAAAGUAGUCCUCAAAAUAGAGAAGAUUAUGAAGGGUUGAUAGAUCUUGAAUGUCAAUCUCAACUGAGAGAGCACUGUAAAAACUCACCACACCGAAAACAAGUUUAUGAAGGCUCAAAAGGUGAUUCUCUUGUGAAAUUGUCAAAUGAUUGUCUUGAUAAUGAAUUGAAAGAACAAAAAUAUCAAUUAUCUGAAAAUGAGCAGGGUAGAGGAAAAUGGAGAGACUGGGAAGUUGGGAAUUCUCUCUCUGACCAAAGCAGUAUGUCUAAUAAACAAACUGAACAGAUUCAGUGGUUGAUGCAAAAGCUUUCAGAGUCUGAAAAGUUAGAUGUCAAGAUGUCAAGCCAAUUAUUACCACAGAUGGACAAAGAAAAGGACUGUGACAACAGUACAACAUUUCAAAAGAAAACAGAAGAUGACAUUUCUACUCGUAACCAAAAGAAACCUGAGCAUUUUGAAUUUGAAAAUAAAAGCUUUGAAAGUACCCAAAGGCCAAAUGAGGAUAGUUUUUUGACAUCACCAACUGAAAGCAGUCAUUAUUCAGCCAAUGCAGAUGAAAUUAGUCAGAUUUCUCUUGCAAUACUGAACAAAGAAAGAAAAUCCCAACCAGGUGAGAACAAAGCCUCAUCAGCAGAAUCAUUAAAAAGCAGAUUUGGACGUUCAUCCAGGUAUUUUUCAAAUACACACCCUGAGAUGUCAAAACUUUGCUGUGAUGAGGGCUUGAUGCAACACUGGAAUCAAAACUUUAAACCUGAUGGUGAAGGAGAAAGGGGAGCUUUGACCUAUACAGGUGCAGAACAGAGUGGAAUUCAAAAACACCUAUGCCAAGAUUUGGAACCUGGUGAAGUCCAGUCUGACUCGGACGAAGAGUUGGACACUAAACAGUCUUCUCCUUCUUCAAACAGUUCAUUGUCUUUUAUCCUCAGGGAGAGGGAUGAGAGAAUGACAGAUGUUAAGUUAUCAUCUUCUUUGGAAAAGAAUAAGUUUUACUCUUUUGCAUUGGAUAAAACUAUAACUCCUGAUACAAAGGCACUCUUAGAAAGAGCAAAGACGUUGUAUUCUACAAGGGAAGAUAAUUGGUCAUUUCUUCCCUCACGGUUCCCAACCUCCCAUAGCUGUUCAGAGAAGGAUAAACAAGAACUAGCUCCUCGACCGAUCCCCUCUUGGUAUAUGAAAAAGAAAAAGGUACGCACAGAUUCAGUAGAAAAUAUAUCCAGUAAAACUGAAGAACUUAAAUCACAAGACCCAGAGCGCCAAGAACUGUUUGCGUCUCGCUUCCUGCAUAGUUCCAUAUUUGAGCAGGACUCACGACGUUUGCAGCAUCUUGAACGUAAGGAUCAAGAAAUAGUGCCAGGGGUUUGUAAAAUUGUAAAGCCACAUAGGACAGAGGUCAAAUCUAAAUCAACUGUUGGUGGAAGUCCACAAGAACCUAUUGUGCUUUUCCAUAGCCGUUUUCUAGAGCUUCAACAACAAAAAGACAAAGAUAAUUCUUCAGAAAAUGAAUUUGUGACUGAUGUGAAGAGAGAUGGAGAAGUGCAAAAGGAAAAGAAAGAAACUGAGUCAGCCAUGAUAGGUGAAGACAAACCAUCUAGUCCUCAGUUAACCUUGACUCUUUGUACCUCUGUUCCCUUAAGUAAAGAGUCUACAUUACAGCCUGUUGAAACCCAGGCCACAGAUCAAACCGUAAAAGUAGAGAACAUAGAUUUGGAAGCCUCACCUCCUGUCACAUCACAUGAAGUAAAACAAAUGGCUCCCAAGGUUACUACAAUUCAUUCCCCUGUUGAGUUAGAACUCAGUUCUGACUCUCUGACAAAACAGAAGGAAAUCAAAAAAGAAAGAGAACAGAUUUUGUCAGAAGAAACUGUUGAAGAAAGAUCAACCAAUGUUGAAAAGAGAAAUACAGAAAUUACAGAUUCUGAUUUCAUAACUGAGAAUAAACCUGAAGCUGUUAAGAGUGAACUCAAAUUAGAUCAAAUAGCACGAGAAAAAGAGGAAACAAAACAAUCACCAAAAAUUGAAGAGGACACUGAAGAAGUGCCAGAGCCUGACACGGAAAUCAAACCUGUAACUAAUCGCAGACAGUCUAAAAACAAGCGAUCCAAACCCGUUUCAGUGUCUCGAACAUCAAAAGCUGCCAGUGAAAAACCAGCCACCCGGAAAAGUGAGCGCAUUGAUAAGGAGAAACUUAAAAAAGCAAUGUCACCUCGAGCAGAAGCCAAACCAACUGAAGUUAAAACUGCAACCAAAUCUCCAAAUCCCCCAUCUGAUUCUGAACAAAAAGUGGAGUCAAGCCUUAUCCAUGGUCGAACUCGUCGUAGAAAUGUAAGAUCAGUUUAUGCCACACUGCGGGAGGUUGGUGAAGAGACUCCUCCAUCUCGAUUAACUCGUAAAAGAGCUGCUUCUAAGGAUCCCCUACAAGAAACUCCACUUCCUGUUUCCAGGCGGGGACGUCCUCCGAAAAGAGGACUUAAACGAGGUGAAGAUUCAUCAAUAACAAAACUGGAUGAAAAAACAACAUUGAACAACACAGAGGUCACAGAUACAGAUGCAGAAGUCAUUAAAGAACCAGAGGGUUUGCAGCCAGUCUCCCAAAGAAUAUACAGUGCCCCAAAUCCGGCUGGCGAGAAGAAAGGAAUUAAAACAGGUCCUUUGAAGAAGGCAGGUAGCAAAGCUUCCAUAGAUGAUACUGAUGAAGAAAAUGAAAAGCCAGAACCCAAAAGUACUGAAUCUGAAAUGCCGGGGAAGUGUUUAGAGAAAACUGAAAACUUGACUAUUUUGAGCAAGAAAGAAAAGGAUUUCAGUGCACAUAAAGUGGAACAAACUGAUGUUGAAAAUAAUGCAAAUCUGCCAGAAAAGCAACCAGCAAAGAGCGGCAAAACCAAGACAGCUUGGGUCAAACGAAACAUGAAACUUGAGGAAAGAUCACACAAUCUGAAAAAUCUUGAAAUCCGUGUUAGUGUUGAUGAUGUUAAAGGUUUGCUUCGUUCAGAAGAUAAUGAGCAAGAAUCAUUUCAAACUUCAAUUCUUAAAACAAAAAUGGUAAUACAGGAAAAGACUGAGCCUGAAAUGAUAAGCAGUGAUGAUCAAAACCUUGGUCUGGAGAAUAAAGAUGAGACACUGUCUGAAUCUGAGCUUAACACAGAUCCAACUGCUGCUCUUUUAGCUCGACAGAAAGAACUAGAACAAGCUGUUGAAAAUAUCGCUAAACUUGCAGCUGAGCAGCCUGCCCGCACUUAUAAGGAAUCUGCAAAUGCAACUACUACAGUGUUGCCUCCAGUCAGUGUGGAGCCAGAAGAAGCUGAGGAAGAGAAGAGAGCCAAUCCUGCGAGUGAAACUGAACUUGCUGCAGCUAUUGAUUCUAUCACUGCUGAAGUAAGUUCUGCAGAGGGAGAUGCAUUCACUACUACUUCAACUUACCCUGCUGUAGUACCUACCUCUGGUUCUGCAGCACCAUCUUCAUCAAGUGAGAUUACAGAACCCGAGGCGCAUGUAGCAGUCUCCAAUGUUGCGCCACAAUCAGACAAUAGAUGUCCAACACCUAGUCAAGGUUCCACUCUUCAUGAAACACUCAAGAAAACAGGUAAAGUUCAGACAAAAUCCCCAAAGAAGCCAAGAGGACGCAAAGCUACCAAGAGGGAGGAUAUGGCUGCUAAAGCUUCAGACCUUCAGCCCUCCCCAUCAAAGCUACCUGAGUCAAUUCCAGAAGACCCUGAGACUCCUAAUUCAAUGACAGUUACCACAGGGACUAGUGCUGCGGCCACUGUUGUAACUGCUGUUGCAACUUGCCGGCGAGAUGUCACAAGUUCAAUCACAGUUGACACACCCAAAGAGGCAGAGAAGCCUGAAGUAGAACAACCUGUGCCUAAAGAAUCUGCCUGUCACUCUGGUACCUUUCAUGUUUCUACAUUUAAAAAUCAACCCGUGGUGACGGAGCAUCCAACCAUUUCUCAAGAUGCUGAUCUACCGCCUGCCCCUCAGCACAAUUUAUCUCAAAGAGUCCCUAAAAUGUCCCACUGGACUCCAAAAUCUGAGGAAAGCAGAAUGUAUGUUCCUCCACCAUGUCAUGUCACUGUUGUAACACCCUCUAUACCAUCAACUGCCCUUGGAAAUACUUCAGCAAAUCCUCCACUCCCCCCUGAUACCAAGGCAUCAGAUAUAGAUCCUAGUUCUAGCACCUUAAGAAAAAUUCUCAUGGAACCAAAAUAUGUAUCUGCGUCAAGCACGUCCACUAUGAGUACCACCACCACAACCACUUUAGUCACAUCGACUCUUUCUGAUCCUUUGAGAAUGUCAGAGAAACCUGCCCCAUUGUACUCUGAAGAAAGAACUGCACCUUUUCAGCCAAUUCAUCACAAACCAUCCCCUCUAACAGAAUCCCAGCAAAAUUACAGAGAUAAGCCACAAAAUACAAUCAUUCCCUCUCCCACUACCUCCGUAAUCAGUCGAAUUCCUUUGCCCUAUGACACAGAGGACACUCCGAGAAUAUCCUUGAGUGGCCGAAACGUUAGUCAAACUUCUCCUAGGCCGAAACAUAGAACCAACUCAAAUGAGAACACUCGCUAUCACAGCAUAGGCACAGUAGAGGAUGGAAAGAGGGGACGUUUACUUAAUGAUGCAUUCACCACCGCCUCUGUCCCUGGACUGAGGGUCAACACAUCUGAGGGUGUUGUUGUGCUGAGUUAUUCAGGGCAAAAAACAGAAGGCCCACAAAGAAUGAGAGCUAAAAUUAGCCAAAUUCCACAGGCCAGUGUUGUUGAUGUUGAGUUUCAACAGCCUACUUCAAAGUCUCAGACUAAGCAAGAAGCAUCUCAGUUGUCCUCUCCAAAGGCUGUACCUAGUCCUUUGGCGUAUGGACACACUGGUGGUCAGGCAUACAACACUCAAAAUGUCAUUACCACUACUAAACAAAACAGUCCUGAUAAAUUAGACGCACCGUAUCACACAUCCUCUCAAGGCGGUGUGGUAAAAAUGUUCCAGCAGCCUGGGAGUUCUCCUCAGGUGUUAUAUAACCAACCUGUCAUCCAGCAGCAUGGUAAAAGAGUACUGGGGCAUGAGCCACCACCAAAAAAGAUCGACUCAACUGGCAAAGUUCUUCAGACACACAACGUUAGCCCAGUCAUGUGCCCACCACAUGCACCUCUGUCAGGAACAUGCAUUAGUCCCAGCCCUGGAAUACCAACUGACAGGUCAGUCUUACAAGGGAAUCAAGAACCUCUGUCGCCACGCAGCACUGUGCAGUCCCCUCCUCCAUAUCAUAAAGGCUGUUCACUCAGCAACUCUCCCAUUGGUUCAUCUGUUUUAGGUCACAGUGUAUCAUCGUAUCCUACUAUACACCAUACACACUCAGAACAGUCUUCCGUUAUAAUUCAACCUCACAGUGUCUCUCAUGCACUGGCUCACUCUGCCCGAGCAGACCAGAGAGCUAUAUCUGGAAUAAACUAUGGGAAGAGAAGUGACUCUCAUUCCUCUUCCAACCCAGGACCUUCACAGCGCUCAAAUGCACCACAAUCUAAUGUCAUCCAUAAUAUGGUGCUACAAUCACAUUUAAGUCCAAAAGGGUCCGUACUGAGCGCAGGAGUUAGUGGUGCAAAUGAAGAUAUUUCCAGGCAUUUAAAUCAAGCCACCAGUAGGCACUCGGCAUCCCAGUCCCAGCCAGAUGUGACUAUUAUUCACAGUGAACACAGAGCGCUGCACACAGGGGCGCGCAUGGAUCAGUAUAGAGACAUGCACCAAAGGAUGCUUAUGCACCAGCAGCUGGGGGAGCAGGCAUCAGCAGAGGUCAGGCAGCUCUGCUCCACUGAUAUUGGCACAUUGUCUUCAAACCACAUCUCUCAACCUUUAAAAAGUUCUAUCGUGUCCAAGGGCAUUGACCUCACGAUUAAAGGAACGGACAAACAACCUGAAGGGAAACUUAUACAAUCACCACCCAGUGACAGUCGGAUCAGGGGGGUACAAGUGUCCAGUCCAGUCUUCAGUCAUCCCCAUGGAGUCAAGGUCAUACAGCCAGGUGCUCCAGGCUCCUUUCCAGUCUACCAAGACAUGCAGGCUUUCCCAACACAGUUUACUGGACAUCUCCCAUAUCACAAAAUGGCUACUUCACAGGUUCCAAUGCAGACUGGCCUUGGACACCGAAGUAAAGUUUCUCAUCCUCAUGGAGGAGGAAGUAACCCCAAACCUGACACUUCACACCUGCUCCAUGCUACAUCUACAGACUACUCCCACAUCUCACGAAUGCCUGGAGACACAAUCUCACCCUCCUACCAGUCCCCAAUGUCUUCACCUAUAAUGUCACCAGUGGGACUGAACCACAAACCAGAGGCUUCUGUUGUGAAACAACCUUCUCUUCUGCGAACCCCUUCACCAGCUGUACCUCCCAGUCCAAUCCAACACCAAGAAACCAAGCAGGAACACACUGGACAUCGCUCCUUUGACAUGAUGCAGCUACUCACGAAAUAUCCCAUUGUGUGGCAAGGGCUUUUGGCACUUAAAAAUGACCAAGCUGCAGUCCAACUGCACUUUGUAUCUGGGAACACACUGCUGGCUCAGCGCUCCCUGCCCCCUCCUGAGGGAGCACCCCUUCUUCGUAUUGUCCAGAGAAUGAGACUCGAGGCCUCUCAGCUGGACAGUGUGGCACGCAGAAUGACUGUGGAGAAUGACUACUGCUUACUAUUAGCUCUACCUUGUGGUCGAGACCAAGAAGAUGUCCUUAGUCAAACCCAUGCAUUGAAAACUGGCUUUAUUACCUACCUUCAAGCAAAACAGGCUGCUGGCAUCAUCAAUGUUGCUAAUCCUGGCUCCAAUCAGCCAGCCUUCGUGGUGCAGAUCUUCCCUCCUUGUGAGUUCUCAGAGAGUCAUCUGUCUCUUCUGGCUCCAGAUCUGCUCAACAGCAUUUCCAGUAUUUCUCCUCACCUCAUGAUUGUCAUUGCUUCUGUUUAAUUACCUUUGGUUUAUCUGGAAGAAAGCCAACACCAGCCCUUUUGGACUAAUCCGAUGAAGAAAACUGCCUCAUAUUUAUAUGAAUUUGAAUUUUUAAGAAUCAGCAUGCACCUCUCCCUCACUUCACCAAGUCCUUAAUUACCCCUGUGACAAUGUUUUUCAGAAUGGGGACUUGUUCGUAUUGGUCAUUAAAUUUUUUGUCAUUUUAAUGUAGUUAAGCAUAGCUUUUUUAUAAUUACUUGCACCAAGAGGCUACGGACUGGGAUAUUGUAUGGGAGGUUUUUCUGACAUUCAUAAAGUGUGUUUGUUUUAGUUUGAAACAAUGUGAUAAAUUCUUGCACUAUGUUGUGACAGCUGUGUACAGCUCUGGGUCUAAAAUAUCCAUGUUUAAGUCUGCCAUUUGUGCUUUUGUUCUAUCUGCCAAAUUUUAUUUGAUUUUACAAUUAACUCCUCAAUUGUUCCCAUCCACUGAAACUCUCAAGGGACAUUUUGGAGUUGUAUAGUUUACACUUCAAUGCCUCAAGUGGGGGAUGAGGGGAGGGGGUUCUGACCAUAUAUUUACUUGUAAAUAGUCUACAUAUUUAAAGAUGGACACAACGAGUGAAGAGAGACAGAUCAUGUAAUCGUUUUAUUUCUAUAGCUGUGGGGACAGGGACAGAAAAGAUGUAUUGGGAUUUUAAGGGAUUAUCAAAUAUUUGUAAUUUUAUUCUGUGCCAAAACAUUUUUGCAAAAAAAGUUCAACACAUGCAAUGUACUGUAAGUUUGGAAAUGUACUUAUUUUCAUAUGUGAUUUUACGGCCCGUAAGGCACUUACUUUUGUAUUUAAUAUGUUUAUUAACUGCUAAAUUUCAUCAUUGACUUUGUGUUUGCAUGUCCCUAAUUUAACGUUGUUCUGUACCGCCCUCUACUGUUGGAAAACCUCUUUACAAAAAACUCCUCAUCUACAGCUCAGAGACGCUGCAUGCUUUUUAUCAUAAUGGUUAUAGACUCUCUAACAGACAAGAAUGUGACUUGAUAUUAUGCCGCUAUUGGAUGUGUUCUUAAUCUUUAUCUCACUCACUGUCUCUUUGAGCCAAACUGUACAUAGUUGUUCUUAAUCUGUGCUCUUGUCUACUUUACCUUUAGCCUAUUAUUUUCUUUCAGGGUUCUUACUUUGGUUUUGUCAAACAAAACAAAGUAUUUCUGAAAGAAGGGGUGAUGUUUCAAACCGAUGUUGAAAGUAAAUUACGCUUGUCAGUUUUUGUGUAAAUAUGAAUUUCUUUAACUGCAAGCCGAUUAUGCUGGUUCAUGGUGA